AUGGACGGCAACGACGAAGAAUCAGAAAGCGCUGCAUCUACUGGCCUCAACAGAUUCACUUUCCUCUGUGCUCUCCUGGCUUCAACAACCUCCAUCCUCCUCGGCUAUGAUAUCGGGGUGAUGAGUGGAGCGGCGAUGUUGAUAAGGGAGAAUCUGAAACUAUCAUGGCUUCAAGAGGAAGUGUUAGUGGGAACCCUUAACUUCUUCUCUCUAAUUGGAUCACUGGCCACAGGCAAGACCUCUGAUUGGAUUGGAAGGCGUUACACAAUUGUGUUAGCAGCAGCAACAUUCUUAGUGGGAGCACUUUUCAUGGCUCUUUCACCCUCCUUCCCAUUCAUCUUAGCCGGUCGAAUGCUCGCUGGAAUUGCCGUCGGUUAUGCUCUCAUCAUUGCGCCUCUUUACACAGCAGAACUUUCCCCCACCAUGACACGUGGCUUCCUCACAUCCCUCCCCGAAGUCUUCAUCACCCUCGGCAUCCUCCUUGGGUACAUAAUUAACUACGCUCUAACGAGUUGGAGACUCAUGCUUGGCCUUGCAGCCAUUCCCGCAAUCGCCAUUGCCUUCGCUGCCAUCGCAAUGCCGGAGUCUCCUCGGUGGUUGCUUUUCAAAGGAAGAGUCGCUGAUGCAAGACGGGUUCUCCUCUCUAUCUCAAACAGUCCCGGGGAAGCCCAAUUAAGGCUUCAGGAAAUAACUAAUGCUCUAUCCACCGGCCCAAAUUCCCAUGCCCGCCCUGUUUGGAAAGAGUUAUUGGUACGGCCCACUCGGCCCAUUAGGCACAUGUUGGUUUCUGCCAUGGGGAUUAACUUCUUCAUGCAAGCCUCUGGGAACGACGCUGUUAUAUAUUACUGCCCAGAGGUCUUCAAGGCUGUUGGAAUUCACAACAAGAAACACCUUUUCGGGGUUAAUGUUAUUAUGGGCCUGGCCAAGAGUUCCUUUGUUUUGGUCUCUGCUCUCUACUUGGACAGGUUUGGAAGACGCCCUCUUUUGUUGUUGGGCUCGUUUGGCAUGGCGGUCUCCUUGUGUGGAUUGGGCCUGGCCUCCAAGAUUUUAGAGGCGUCCACCCGGAGGCCUCUGUGGGCUGUUGUGUUGAGCAUUGUGGCCGUGUGCGCUGAUGUUUCUUUCUUUUCUAUUGGGCUUGGGCCCAUCACGUGGGUCUACUCGUCCGAGAUAUUUCCGACCAGGCUUCGGGCCCAAGGUUCGAGCCUUGCGAUUUCGGUGAACCGGUUGGUGAGUGGGGUGGUGUCCAUGACGUUCUUGACCAUUUCAGAGAAGAUAACGUUUGGAGGAAUGUUCUUUGUGUUGGGUGGGAUCAUGGUGGUGGCUACAGCUUUCUUUUACGUAUUUCUGCCGGAGACCAAAGGCAAGACCUUGGAAGAAAUGGAAACUCUCUUUGAGGGUAGUAAUGGUGACAAAGAGAGUCAUGAUAGGAGGACGGAAAUACAAGUUGUUUAGGAAGAGGAAGGCGUUGCAUAAUUCGGAUGUUUACUAAUUUUUGCAGAUGACCCGUGCCACUAAGUUACAAACUUCGAUAUUCCUACGUAGCUAAAAGGAAAGAGGGAGUGAUGCAUGAUGGUGGGUCUGGGGGAAAUUAAAUGACUCUCAACAAUCAGAGAAGAACGUGAAGCUUCUUUGAUUCGGGAGAAAUUCUCAGGACUUCCAUUCAGAAAUCAUGGUGGACUCCCCAUGGAUUUUGUGGUCCCAAAUGGACCAGCACCCUCGACUUAUUUACGAAUUUCUACCGUUCAAUGAUAAUAAUAAAUUAUAUAUAAAAAAAAGGCUUGAAUUGGGUACUCUGCUCCUCACAGAACAUGCGGGUUGACAUUAAUCAAAGUCGGGUGGCAAACACAGUACGAAAUUCAUGUUCCCAGUGAUCAUUUUUUACGUUAUGCGGUUUCUCGCUUGCUUGCGGGUUAUAAUUCAAAACUAAACAUAUAGUAUACUCUUUUGUAUGAUGAAGCAUCACUGUCCAAACUUUUUCUCGCUGGUGUCAUCUUGGUUCAAUGCCCUUGUCUGAUUCUGCAAGAGUAUUCUGUUUGAUGCCAAGUUAACGUUGAGAAUUUGAAAUACUGACCUAAUCUCUUGUACAAAUAUACAACGUGUUGUG